AUGACCAGGCAUGACGUCUCUUUGGAAAUACAAAGUCUUCCAAAACCUCCAAAACAUGCUGGACUGAAAGAUCAUACGACAGAUCAGCCCUCAAUACCACAACCCGAAUUAUCAGCGCCAUGCAAAGCAUUUGCACAGCGGAACAGUAGCGCUGUGGUUCCUGAUCAAUCGCUGCCUGCGGCCAACGUCGCGCCACCCGAAAUCAUGCUGCAAAUCUAUUCUAUGCUAACACCCCGAGACUUUGAUAAUGCACGCCGGACGUGCUCCCAAUGGAUGCGAGCCAGCUUAAAUCGGGGUCUACUGGAGAGCAUGUUGAAGCGAGCAGGAUGGUGGGAUGCAUAUCAGGAGGACUGCGAAAUGCAGCGACUACGACGCCGGUCGUCGAGUGAAGAGAGCGACGUGUGGAGGAUGAGCAAGCGCUUUGCAACUGAAUGCUUAUUGUCGGGACGCAAAGCAAACAUUGAAAGGUCAGGCUUCGUAGCAACUGAACUUGUCGAUUUCUCGGGCCUUGCGCAACGCCUCUCAAAGCCCCGAUCAAGGCCCAUCCGAGACAAAUAUACGCAUUCCGUGCCCACUUUCAGUGUCAGCAGCUGCAGCAACUAUCUCCUUGCGACAACGGGAUGCAUGAUCUAUGUCUUUCAUCUUCAUGAGAAGAAGGCGAAGCGUGGAUCAGAAAAUACUGAUAUAGAACCGAUAUCGAGCAUCGAAUGUCCCUUUGAGGUGUUAUCUGCGACUCUAGAUACGACGACUCCGCAGGUCGUUCUUGCAGCUUUACUGAGUAACCGUGUUGGGAUGGUCUGCGAUCUAGAUCUACACGAAAUCCCGAAUAAUAAGCAAAAUACUUCACCAUCAGGUUCGACUCGAGCCAACUCAUCGAAGAAAACCUCCUCGCCACACUAUUACUAUGAUGUUUGCACCGCAGACCACCCGCCACGGACAAUCGCCCUCUGCCCCAAACGGCGAUGUGUAGCCUUUGGUUGCGCAGGCGGCAUUGAAAUCCACUGGGUCGAUGAAACCAAACAAAGCCAACGAAGGCACUUCCCAAUGUCUCAACCUUCCGAGAUUCUCCAUUUCCUCCCCAACACCCCUGAAGCUCCAAAAGACCUGCGACUCAUCUCAUCACUAGCCGGACCCGGUGUCCACGAGUAUGUCAAGUCCUUCGGGCGCCGUGGCUCAUCGACUUCCUCCAACCUCAGUUUUGUCAGAGCCACUCAUUGUCACCAUUAUCGUGCAGUGCCCAUCAACGAUGGCUUCCAUGUCAUAUUCGUCGAGCCUCGUACAGGUCUCCUUUGCAUCGGAUCCGAUGCCCCCAUCGGCGGCCCUACAAGUCUGACGCGAGCUUUUGUCUGCAUCCCCCCAUUUGGCAAAGAUGCCCCGGAUAGCAUGAAAGAAGCUCGCGUCCCGACGGCCUUCGCCGUGGGCUCGGAUCUUCGAUGGGGUCUCCGCGUCGUAGCCUCCUAUCAAGAUCGUAUUGUCUUAUACUCUAUCCCACUGGAUGUUUUCAAUGUCAUCCGCAAAGAGCGCGAACGACAAGGCGACGGCGUGAUGGGUGACAGUGACCUUGCGCGCGACUGGCUGCUUGACUCAGAGCGGUUCCGCAAGCGGCGAGAGAGUCUUGUGCAGAACCAAAAUGGCGAAUGGGAGUUUCUCUUAAGUGUCAGUUAUCGACCCACGGCUCUGAUGUGGCCGUUUAAGAUCUAUGGCAAGGAAAUAGGACGUGUUGAGAAUAUCGUUGAGCUUGGGUUGCAGUCUUCGCAUGGCGGUGCGAGAAUUUGGGCUUUUAAUGCUUCGGGUGUUGGGACGAUUUUUGACAUCGACACCUUUUCCUCUGCCAACGAUGGAGUUGACCUCCCCUGCAAGAUGGUGACUGUUGGCUCGGAUGGCAAAUUACUACCAGUGCGACCAAUCAAUCGGGCGGAUUAUAGUGUUUCGCCCUUGCCAGACUCGAGAAAGCGCAAGGCAUCGGUGUUACAGGACGGGUUCGUCGGUCGAUACGGGCUCAGUCGAUAUGUGCCCAGCACCGCACUUGAUGGCCUCGAGCCAACGAAUGCUUUUUAUGCUGGGAUGCAGAAGGGUGAUUCAGUCCGCCGGCCCUCGUUUGCUGCUUGCAUAGUGGACUUUAAGAUCCCCGAGCUAGAAUUAAGGAACGGUCCUUGGAGUGAUUGUCGAAAAUAG